AUGAGUAACCAAGAGGCAACAGCUUCCGCAAUUGACCACCUGCGGACCAUCCUCCCACAAGAUGGAACCCGCGACGCUCUCAUCCAUUCUGUCAUACCCAACCUCCUCCAAAGCAUAGCCGAUGUUGCACAGGCACUGCGCAACUCCCAUCAAGUUUCUGCAGCUGGGACAGCCAACACCUUUGGCGAUGACCAACUCAACGUCGACGUCAUCGCCGAAAACAUCAUCCGCGCCACCAUCGCCCAAUGCCCCAGCAUCGUCACGGCCAGCAGCGAAGAAGACCCCAUCGAGCAGGCGGUAGAACACCACGCUACUUCAUCUUCCUCCGAACAAUACACCCUCGCCUUCGACCCCCUCGACGGCAGCUCCAUCAUCUCCGCCAACUGGACGGUCGGCGCCAUCUUCUCCCUCUGGGACGGCCCUUCCGCACUCAACCAAGACCCAGCCACCCGCCAAAUCGUAUCCAUCCUCGGCGUCUUCGGCCCACGCACCACCGCCAUCGUCGCCCUCCGCGUGUCCGGCAGCCCGGUCCCCAAAACCUGUCUCGAGCUCGCCCUCGGCCCGGCAGUAUCCAACCCUACCAGCGCUACCGUAACAACCCCAACCAAAUGGCACCUCACUGCGCCCACACUGACCCUCGCCCCGCGGUCAAAAUAUUUCUCCCCCGCCAACCUGCGCAUGGCAGCCGAUGACCCGGCCUACAUGACCUUACUAACCAGCUUCAUCACACGCCGCUACACGCUCCGCUACGCGGGCGGCCUGGUGCCGGAUAUCGUGCAUAUGCUGGUGCAGGGGCAGGGUGUGUACGUGAGUCCUGUGUUGGCUGGCGGGGAUGGGUCGCGAGGUCAGGCGAGUAAGCCCAAGUUGAGGAGAUUGUAUGAGUUGUGCCCGCUGGCGUUGGUGGUGGAGUGUGCUGGGGGCGCGGCGGUUGAUCCGGUUGAUGGGACGGCGGUGUUGGCGAGGGAAGUGAAGGAUUGUGGGGAGAGGGGCGGCUUGUUGUGUGGAGGGAGGGAGGAGGUUGUUGAGGUGGUGAAGACGUUGUUGUCUUGA